CGUACCGAUAAUGUUGUGUCGUCGGCUGCCGCUAUUUUUCUCGUGUAUCUGUCUCCUGGCGGUUUUGAUGGCGAGAGAAGCGAUUUUUCUUUUGGGGAAUAAACACGUCAUUUCGAAAAAAGGCGAAAGUAACAAUCAAGUUUUUCCCUCGACGGACGACUACGAUGGAGCAGACGAAGGGCAAACAGUCGUGCCGUUAUAUUCUCAUAAUCCUUCAACAGUCCAUGGCGAAUUAGUGACGAGGUUUUCGGACAGGAGUAAAUAUCUAAGGGCAAAAUGUGCGGAAUUUCGGGGUCAUUUGCCCCAUAGGUUGAGGGUGUGGUUACCUCAAGCCAUGUAUUAUUCGCAGAAGUAUAAUAUUCUUGGAUGCCUGAUUGCCAAGGCCGGCGUGACUACUUGGAAAGUUCAUCUUAACAGGAUGAUGGGACACAGCGGAAACAUGGAGAGCGCGGACGAUAUAAAAGCCAUUAAUAUGAUGUCACUUUCCAAACUGAUUCGGUUGGUGACUACUGAUGACGUCACAAGAGUGAUUAACGUACGUAACCCGAUCGACCGUCUUGUGUCCGCUUAUAAGGAUAAGUUCUAUAAUGGGCAGCCCAGGAUCCCCAGUGAAAGGGUCCAGAAAUUCUUCCAGAAGGCCUUAAAGUUACUUGGCAGACCAUGGCAGCGUGGGACAGUGACUUCGAUCAGCUUUCGAGAAUUCCUACAGUAUGUUAUCAAGGAAUCGAAAUACGGUCUGGAGGGCAUGAACUGCCACUGGCGGCCCGUCCACACCGUCUGUCAGCCUUGUACUACAAAAUACAAGUACAUCGUGAAGCUCGAAACCAUAGAAGAAGACUUGGCGCUAAUCAAAGAAGAACUUGCCAUCAGCGAAAUGAACGUGACUUUAAAAAUGAACGUAAACAAUAAAUCCCGAACCAGUGAUGAUUAUUUUAAGGGUCUUCCUGUCGAUCUGCUGGCGGGUGUCAGGCGGCUGUAUGAGUACGAUUUUACUCUUUUUGACUAUGUAAUACCUGAUUAUUUGGAGAAUACGCAUUUAAAAAAAAAACAUCUACAUAACAGAAUCUACUUUUAAGAUGUUAUAUGAGAUCUAUUUCUAUAUUUUAUUUUACCGUUUCUUUACAAUUGUAUUGCCAUUUAAUUGUAAUAGAUAAUUGUAAUAGUAUUUUGUUUUGUAUUAUAAACUCUAUUGCGUAGUAACCUAGACCUUUCCUCGUGCAGAUUGCUCCUAAUAAACAGGGAAGUAGUGGGGGCGUAGUUAAAAAUUUGGCACACAAAAAAAAUGCAACGAUUGCAAUGAAAAGGGUGGUAAUUCUAGGCCACUAUUCUGUGUUUUUGCUUUACUUCUCUUCAAAGAUGCAUAUUCUAAUACAAGAUAGAAAGAAAGUGUAUCAUAAAACAUUAUCUGAGCAAAAAGGACCCUUGACUAGCGUGCAAGUUCGAAACACACGAAACAUGCCACACACCUAAAAUGAAUAAUGCUAAACCUUCCGCUAUGCUAAUUACUCACCCUUCUCCAGGGUUUAGUUUACAUAUUUACACAUUUAUUAAUCUGCUAUGCUGUAGUCUAUUGUAGCUUUAAUCAUUUAAAAAUAAUCGCUUUCGGGAAGCCACGUGUAGAUACCACCUGGUUGAUUGUUAUUGUUUCAGAUAUCAGUCACUUCCAAGCUUAUUUUAAUUUUCCGUGUUUACUCCUAUGACUGAACUAUUCUUUUACAUCAUUUAGACUAAUGUGGUAGUUUUCACAUGGUAUGUUUUCAUGCCAGGACGCAAUGAUCGUCAUAUUUUAUUCGUAUGUAUUCACAUUUUGCACCGCAUUUGAGUAUUAAGUGGAACAUGAACAAUCACCCACAGCUGAUUAGAACACUAGCAAUAGUACAAUCGUGUCUGGAAACAGAAUCCAUUGAAAUGAAAAAAAAGGCAUUCAUUUGGUUUAUGGUAUUCAUUCUCAUUCAUACCUUUUGUUAAGUCUUCCCCAUUUCACUUUAUUCAUUUGGAUGUAACAUCAAUAAACUACAAUUAAAAGCUCUAUGUUUGCAAUGUUCA